AUGAGUGUUCAAAAUAAAUCUAAGUAAUCUGCACAAGCUGAUGACAGAUUUGCAAAAAUUACUUAUGAUCCUAGAUUUAAGACUAUGAGUAAUAAGCAAAAAAAGGUCAAGAUCGAUAAAAGAUUUAACUCUGUCUUCACAGAUAAAAAGUUUAAAAUACAAGCUAAAACUGAUAAAUAUGGAAACAAGAUUGAUGUAGAUGAUGGAGUAAAUAAGGAAAUGGAAGAAUAUUACUAUAACGAAGAAGAAGAAUAAGAUUCUCAAUAAUAAGAUGAAGUUGAAGAUAAAUCAUAAAAAGAAAAAACAAAAAAGAAAGCUUAAAAGGAAGCAGUUUCUAAAAAGAAAUAAAAUUCUAAAAAACAGGAUAGUGAAGAAGGCGAAGAAGAAUCUAGCAAUUAAGAUAUUGAAAACGAUGAAGAAAAUUCAGAAGAUUUUGAAGAUGUCAGUGAUGAAGAAAAUGAGCAUGAAGGAAGCUUUGAAUGGAAUGAAGUUAGUUCAACAGAUGAAGAUAUUGAAUUUGAAGAUGAAGAAGAUAAUUAAGAAGAGUUCUAUUAUGGAGUAGCUAAUGAGAAACCUCCAGUUUCUGAAAACUCAAGUAGUAAAUUAGCUUUGCUCAACUAUGACUGGAUAAAUAUUAAUGCAUAAGAUAUAAUGCUACUCUUUAAUUCAUUCAAAGAUAAGACUGGAGUCAUUAAAAGAGUAUUAGUUUACCCAUCUGAAUUUGGUUUGAAAUAAAUGGAAUUGGAAAAUUAGCAAGGACCUUAAAAUAUUUGGAAAAAAUAGGAAGAAAAUCAAAUAGUAGAUAGUGAUACUGAAGAUGCAAAUAAAAAAGAUAAAAAGUAGAAUAAAAAUAAUGAUAAAAAAAACUAAUCAAAAAAAGAUAAAAAAAGUAAGAAAUAAGAAGAAAAUGAGGAUGACUUCUCUAACGAGACUACUAAAAAAAUGAAUAAACGUUAAGAAAAGAGCUUAUUUGAAUCAAGAAAAGUAAACUUGUUAAAUCACACAGUUACUGCCCGUAUCGAUGAUGAUUAAGGUGAUUUAGAUCCAGUUGCUUUGAGAAAUUAUGAAAAAUAGAGAAUGAGAUAUUACUAUGCAGUAAUUGAAUGUGAUUGUAAAAGAACAGCUGAGAAAAUUUACGAAUCUUGUGAUGGUAUGGAAUUUGAAAUGUCUGGUAUGCCAAUAGAUCUUAGAUUUGUCCCUGAAGAUCAAGUUUUUCCAUAUGAACCUAAGGAAAUUUGUGAUGAAGUUCCAACAGACUCAUAAGUUAAGAAUAUAGUUAAUAGAAGCAUUGGUCAUACAAACACUAGAUUAACUUGGGAUCAACCAGUUGAUAGAUUCAAAUUUUUAGAUGGUAAAAUGACAGAAAAGGAUUAUGAAAAAAUUGAUUGGAGUAAAUAUGUAGCUCCUGCAGAUGAUGAAUUUGAUGAAGAUGAGUUAAAAGAGACUUUAAGUGAUGAAGAAGAUAACCACUUAGAAGAUUUAGAUAGUGAUGAAUAAAUUGCUAGACUUGAAGAAGAAGCUUUGAGAUAAUAAUAAGAAAUUGACAAUAUGAAUUGGAAAAAAAACUUUGACAAAAAAAAUAGAAAGAAAAAAGAAGGAGAAAUUGAAAUAAAGUUCAAUUAAGGUUUCGAUGAGCUUGGAAACAAAAUUCUUGAAAAAUAAAAAAGAAAAAAUGAAACUAAGUUUGAAACUUAGGAGAGAUUGGAAAAAGAUAGAAAGAAAGAGAGAAAAUAAUAAUUAAAGGAAAAAAUUAGACAAUAAAAGAAUAAAAAGCUAGGUAAAGAUAUUGAAGAAACUGCUGAGACAAGAAAGCAAAGAGCUCAGCUAGCCCUAUUAGUUGAAAAUGAAGAUAAAAAAGAUGUUAAUAUAACCUUAGAUGAUCCUCGUUUCAAAGCUAUUUAUGAAACCGAUAUUUAUUCAGUUGACCCAACAAGCAAAUUUUACAGCAAGGAAAGAUCCUCAAAAACCUUAGAAAAACAAAUUGAAUAUAGAAAGAAAAGAAAGUUAAAUGACAAUUGA